AACUCACAAGGGUUUCCAAAGGCAAACCGAAAUUCAGUUGACUCGAAUCGCACGAGUCGCGAGGAAGCAAAAACUUUAAGAACGCUGAAAAAACCUUUUGAAAAGUGAAAAUCGUUUGACUUCGCCUUAGGUAAAUAACAAUUUUUUUUAGACUGAACUGGUUGAUUAUCCCGGGAAGAUUGUUCAAAUAAAUCGAUCCAAAAGUGCUGGUGCCAAAUUACCCCAAAUUAAGUUUGCAAUUUUCCCGCUGGCAAUCAUCAGUGAUCCGAAAUACUGGAAAAACUAACAUAGAACGCAUUUCUCGAAUCUAAAAACACGCAGGCCCCGAGUUAUAGAAAGAAAAAAAAACAGUCACCAACCGACAUAAUGGCUGCCACCGAUAUCAGCGACGAGGCCUUUAACUUGCGUCUGGGCUAUCUGAAGCCGGAGACCGUGGAAAUCGCCCGGGUGGAACUCCGGGAAACCGAGGAGGUCAAGGCGGCGGCUAUCAUCAAGCUCCGAGAGCUGCUCAAGGCCACGCCCGAGCUGAACUACAAGGACGACGAUGCCUUCCUCACAGUCUUCCUGCGCGCCUGCCACUUUUACCCCGAAGGUGCUUUGGAGAAGAUGAAAACCACAGCCAGUUUCCGCAAGGAGUAUGCCGCCCUGGUCCGUGGACUCUUGGUGGAGCAGGUCAAGGAGAAGUUCGUGAAGGGCAGUGUGAUUAAUGUUCUGAGAAAUUGCGAUCAGAAGGGUCGCCGUGUCCUCAUUGUGAACUGUGGCAAGCUCUGGGAUCCCAGUGAGAUCAGCAGCGAUGAGAUGUUCCGCAUGCUGUAUAUGGUCCAUCUGGCAGCUCAGCUGGAGGAGGAGACUCAGGUGAGGGGAGUGGUCUGUAUCAUGGACUUCGAGGGAUUGGGCAUGAAGCAGGUCAAGGCUCUGUCGCCGAGCUUCUCCAAGCGUCUGCUCACAUUCAUCCAGGAGGCGAUGCCUCUGCGUAUGAAGGAGGUGCAUUUCGUGAAGCAGCCCUUCAUCUUCAACAUGGUCUGGUCGCUGUUUAAGCCCUUCGUCAAGGAGAAGCUGAAUAGUAGGAUGCACUUCCACGGCAGUGACAUGAAAUCGCUGCAGAAGUUCCUCGACCCCUCCGUCCUGCCCGCCAACUACAAGGGCACUUUGCCCGCGAUCGACUACGGCGGCGUCGAGUGGUUCCCCGCCCUGGAGAAGCAGGCCCAGUACGUGGCCGAGUGGAGCCAGUUGGGCCCGGCUCAGUGGUGAUUGCCCAACAUUCCAAAAACCAUCCCCAACCAAACAUCCACAUCCUAAAGACAUUAGCUUAACUUUAUGCUUGUAAAUACUUUCAAAUUGUGUUUGCUUAGUUCGUAAACAUUUUGGCAAUAAACUAGUUACAUAAUACUAUAAA